AAACUAAAUAGGGCAGUCGAACGAGUAGACACAUCUUGAGAGAAAGAAUUCUUCUCUGCAUCUUCAAAAAUGUCGAAUCGAUACUCUCAAUCUAACGACAGGCACGAGAUUCGCAACAAGGGUUUUGCUAAACCGCAAAGAAGAUUCGUACCCAAGUCCGUCAACUCCACCAAUUCAAUCCCAGGACAAUCAGAGCUCCCAAAUCCGAACUUCUCCAGUUCCCUCAGCCAAUCAUUUUCCAAUCAAUCCGAUUCUCGUCCUUCUUCAGCCUCCAGCGGGGUUCUGGGUUCAGGGGAAAAUGGACUGCAGAAGGGAAAUUUUGUUCUUUACUUACCCCAAGAUGAGGCGGUGGCGGCUGGUUUGGGUGCCAAUAGUGGCGGAAUGGAUACUGUUGAAUCUCAGAGGAUUGUUGAUCAUCUAAAUAAGGAACUUUCUAGAUUGUUGAAAUUGAAUCCCAGGGAUUUCUGGGGAGAAGUGGCAAGUGACUCUUCCUUCCACAAUUUCUUGGAUAGCUAUCUGAAGUUUAGGAGUAGAUGGUAUGAUUUUCCAUAUCGAGGCGCAAAAGGAAUUGUUGCUGGUGUUAUUGUUGGGGAGAUUGAGUUGAGCAGACGGGUUUUCAUGGUCUUGUAUCGAAUAUCUUCCCAUAGGGAUCCUGGCGCUAGGGCAGCUGACAGCCUCAGUCCGAAGGAUCAUGCAGUUCUUUUGCAGGAAAAGAAGCUGCUCGAUUUGCCAAAAUUAUUCGAUAUUUGUGCCAUAUAUGGUCAUGAGAAUGAAAAUCUGACACAAUCACUGGUUGCAAAUGCUAUUAAGGCUCAGCCUCGGAUCCAAGAUGAAUUUACUGCUGUUAUUACUCAUUUCCUGGAUAUUGUCUACACCAUGUAUCAAAGAUGUACUGCAUCUUUAGAGGUUUUACUUUCUUCUCAUGGCAAGGAAGAUGGUGGAUCAAGUCACCUAAGUUCAGACUAUUUGGAGGUAAUGGACUUCCUCAAUGAUUCUAUUGUAUCCAUGGAUGCUUUUGUCAGUGCAUACAAGCCUGCUGCAGUAAUUUUCUCCUGCCCCGUCGAAUUGAGCUAUGGAAAUGAAGACUUGCUCAAUACCCUCACAAGACUACACGAUGUACUGCUUCCAUCUUUGCAAAAGGGUUUCAAAGUUCUCUCUUCAAGAGAAGAUGUCCAGGAGAAACAUGACGCAGUUCUAAGUUUGAAAAUGCUAUCAAAACGAAUGGUGGAUUUAGCAUGGAAGUUACUGAGUACUUGCUAUCUUUCUGGUGAAGUAUUUGAUGGCUGUUAUAAUCUUCCUGCCAUUACAAAGAUGUACCCAGCUAAUGUAGAAGAUCCAAUGGUAAGAUCCGACAUUUUGGUUCAGACGUUUAGGGAAAUUGGCGAAGGAUACCCAAAUGUGGAAGAAGGCCAAAGAAGAGGAACACUCCUACAGAAUAUUGAAAAACAUUUUAAGAUAACAGAGAGAAUACAGGAAUUGCAGAGUGCAGGUUGGAUUGUGAUGGAGGAUACACAAAUUCAUUAUAUUUUCGGGUUAGUCAACCAUCCUUUUUCUGAAACCAAUAUGAAGUCAAUGCCUAUUCCAACUCCGACACCUACGAGCAGCAAUCCCCAGAUAAACGAAGAGGAUACUGCAAUUAUCGAGUCCAAAAUCAGCCAAAUAAAAGACCUUUUCCCAGAUUACGGUAAAGGGUUUCUCUCCGCAUGUCUUGAAGUAUAUAACCAAAAUCCCGAAGAAGUAAUCCAAAGAAUCCUCGACGGAACCCUUCACAAAGAUCUUCAAUCACUUGACACAUCUCUAGACACAAUUCAUCACCCUCCUCCCAAAUCCGCCCCUACUACAAACCGAAAAGACAAAGGUAAAGGAAUAUUAGUGGAACCUUCAGAUACACAUACGAGUAAAUCAUCGUCCCAUACAAACGGGCCCUCCAUUUCGUCAGGAUCUUCAGCUGGAAGAUUCGUCAGGAAAGGAUUCAAUUCUGAGACCCUAAACACCAGGGAUGGAAGAGAUUUAGCAAAAACUGCAGCUUUAGCUUCACAACUAGAGUACGACGACGAAUACGACGACUCUUUCGAUGACCUCGGUUUAGGAAUUGUGGAUUCAGGUUUCGAAGAACCCGAAUCACUUCCAAUCCAAGCAAAUCCAUCUGAUUCCAAAUGGAAUUCACGAAAAACUCCCCAGUUCUAUGUGAAAGAUGGGAAGAAUUACAGUUAUAAAGUGUCAGGGUCAAUUGCUGUUGCUAAUCAGAAUGAAGCUGCUAUAGUAAACCAAGCUCAGAAAGAAAUGAUACAUGGGUUGGGGCAAGGUGGUAAUAUACCGUUAGGUGCAGUUAAGAAGCUGAGUGAAGCAAACGAAGAACGACAGGACGAGGGUUCGGAGGUACCGGAGGCGGGAGGAAGGGGGAGUUUUAGGGGAAGGGGUGGAAGAGGAGGAAGAAAUCAUUAUAGAAGAGAUAGAGCUAUGAAGAAGCAUAUGUCUUCAGUAAGUGGUCAUUAACUAAUAAUAAUAAUAAUACACAUAGAAUUAGUCCAAUCCAUUUUGGUAUAUUAUUAUUGAAUUGAGGGAUGAUAUGAAUUGAUUUUGCAGGCAGCAAAUAUUUCAUAUAUUUAUGUUUAUUAUUACUUAAUAUAGAAUAACAAGUGGUUUUUGUUGAGAAAUCUUUCUGUAAGCAGGAAACUAUUUUACAUGUCUAUAUAUAUUGCACAUUUUGGUUUGUAUUUUGUUUGUUACAUUUGUAACUCAAUAACAAUAAUAGUGGUUGAUUGAUUCUAUGUGGAUGGAUGAAACUUAUUGCUA